GUUAGUGCUGAUGACCCAUUCUGUUCCUUUUGGAAUUGACAUGCCUGUGAUUGAGAGGUGAAUCCACCAACUAUCCCGGACUCUGUAAAUCAAAGGAAAAAUCAGCUUGAAGAAACAGAUCAAACAGAAAUGACAAGUACUCAAUUUGAUUGUCAAUACUGCACGGUAUCCCUUCUUGGGAAGAAGUAUGUGCUCAAGGAUGAUCAUCUAUACUGCGUCUCCUGCUAUGAUCAGAUCUUUUCUAACUAUUGUGAGCAGUGCAAAGAACCAAUUGAAUCAGACUCUAAGGAUCUUUGUUACAAAAAUCGUCAUUGGCAUGAAGGAUGCUUCAAGUGCACCAAGUGUCAUGAGUCUUUGGUGGAAAAGCCUUUUGCUGCCAAGGAUGAGCGCCUGCUGUGCACAGACUGCUAUUCUAAUGAGUGUUCCUCCAAGUGCUUCCACUGCAAGAGAACCAUCAUGCCAGGUUCUCGGAAAAUGGAAUUUAAGGGCAACUACUGGCAUGAGACUUGCUUUGUGUGUGAGCACUGCCGACAGCCAAUAGGAACCAAACCUCUGAUCUCAAAAGAGAGCGGCAAUUAUUGUGUGCCGUGUUUCGAGAAGGAGUUUGCUCAAUACUGCAACUUCUGUAAGAAGGUGAUAACUUCUGGUGGGAUAACCUUCCGUGACCAGUUAUGGCACAAAGAAUGCUUUCUGUGCAGCGGCUGCAGGAAAGAGCUUUGCGAGGAGGCAUUUAUGUCCAGGGAUGAUUUCCCAUUCUGCUUGGAUUGCUACAACCAUCUUUAUGCUAAAAAGUGUGCAGCCUGCACCAAACCCAUCACUGGUCUCAGAGGUGCGAAGUUUAUCUGCUUUCAAGACCGCCAGUGGCACAGUGAAUGCUUCAACUGUGGGAAGUGCUCCGUCUCCCUGGUGGGUGAAGGAUUCUUGACUCAGAACACGGAAAUCUUCUGCCGCAAGUGUGGUUCCGGUACAGACAUUGACAUGUAGAAAGAGACAGCCUUUUCCAACCGGAAACCCGCUUUGCCUUUGCCCUCACUAAAUUGGGAACUCAGUGGCAAUAAUAUUUUUUUUUAUUUGUCUUUUAGAAAGCAGUUUGGGGGGGGGCACGGAACAGGAAAAGUUGAGUAUACUUUGUAACUGAACUCUAUAAUAAGAAACACACAAAACCACAGUCUAAUAGAAAUGAAUUACUAAGCCUCAGUGCUCUAUCUCCUUGCAAAAUACUGCACUCUGCUGUUGGAAACACGGGAUAAUAUUUCUUUAUUACAGAGUAUACGGCUUGUAUUUAGUAAUUGUGAAUGUUAGUACUGAAGGGCAUUUUUCAAAACUGCAGAAGGAAAACGAGAUCCAACUGAGAAGUAUACAAGAGACAAAUGUUUGCAUUUUAAGCUAGCUGGUUGUAUAUAACAUGAUAGAAGUUCUGAAUAUGAAUAGUGGAAGAGCAAGAGUUCUGAAAAAAUAAUUACUAAUCAUCACACUUAACAACCUUAUCAUUUGAGAAGCAUUCUUUGUUCACAAGCACUGAAGAAGAGUUGAAAAACAAAGCUGUGGAUUUUCUUCAUACACAGGGCUUCCACCACCAGCUGCCGCCUCCUUAGUCAAUGGACUCGGACAGCUAUGGUACCUUUAUACUUAAUUAUAAAGGGCAUCAUCCCUGCCUGGGGAGAGCCAAGUAUGAAUUUUGAUUAGAUUUAGAUUACAGAUUCAAAUACAUUUUAGAUUGAUUGUAUUUCCAAAUCCCACAAUGGUUUCUCUAAAUGCUCACAAAUUUCAUCUAUUCUUUUAAGUGAAUCUAACCAGAAUAAUUGUUGUCUCCAAAGGCAAACCUUUAAAGAAAAUAAAUCAUUAAAUUUCCACCCAUGGUAAUAAAUGUUAUGGAAGCAGUUCAGUGUUAGAACACGAGUUUCAUCCAGAUAUCAAAGACAUAAUAGAAUGCAUAAUUAUUUCUAAGCCUCACACAUUUUGCCUUUGAAAAUUACAUAGAUAACUAAUGCACAAACAUAAAAGUGCACUUUAAAGAAACCUAGUAAAAGUAAUAACUUAAAAAUAAUACUUCACUCCUGAUAAUUCAUGACCAUAAAACAAACAUAAUACCACAAAAUGGGACCUAGAGGAGCCCUCCUCAGAUCUUCUAUUACUGAACCACCCCCUGUCCUGAAGCCAGCCAACCCCAGGGCUCCAGUCUGCUGAAGUGGCCAGGACUUCCACACCCUAAGUAGCCAGUCCAGAAAUCAACAUGUAUUCUGUCAGAGAGGAAGCUUUAGUGGGAAUUUGUCCACCAUACAAACAACCUUGGCUUCCAGCACCAAUUGACUGUGGCCCUCCCUAGUGGGGGACGAAUGGAAGGCAGUCUGUGACCUCAGUGCUUGGUCAUGAGGUCAUGGUUCCAGAGGUUCAUCUGUAGGGAGAAAGGUCAGGAGAACUCUCCUGGAUGUAAACCCACUCCCCUGGAUGUAGUAAUAUGCUGACUUUCAGACUAGUGCAGAUGCUUGAAAUGCUAAGGUUUGGAAUGAGAUAAAAUAAAAGGCUGCACCAGAUGACAGUGGUUAAAAAUGCAUCAUAGGAGAUUCAAUUACAAUUGCUUUCAAAACAAUUUAAGUAGUGUGAAAUGAAAGAGAUGUUAAGAGAUAUUAAUAAUUUUGAGAAAUUAAUAGGUUAGGCCACAUACACAUUUUGAAAAUCACAAUUUUGCCUUUGAAUUAACAGUGAUCAAGAUAUUUUCUCAUAGUAGCAUUGUGGUGUGCAGGCCAGUUAGUACUUGCUUGCAUUAAAUGGAAUUGCACAGGUAAAAUUAAAGAUGCUGGUUAUUCUGUGACUUAGAAAAUAAUUCAUUUACAACUGUAAAAAUCUAAAUUUUUCAUAAUUUAUAUAGAUAAACAAGAUAUGCCAUUGUCUCUGUUAACCAAUUACAGAUAAACAUGUAGCACAUGAUAUUUCCUGGUUAAACAAUUUAAAAGAUCAGGUGUUUGCUAUGGUAUGUGGAGAUGAGUAGGGUAAGGAUUGCAUUUUUUUUAAAAUGCUGGUAGAGAUGAAACCCAGGACUCUACACAUGCUGUGCAAGGACUCUACCACUGGGAUAUGUUCUUAUCACUUUACAUUUAAUCUUAACAAUUAAAUGCAUGAAAUCACUUGCUAGAUAAACAUUUUAUUAUCCUUUCUUAAGUACA